ACCAACAAACAAACAAACACACACACACAUACAUACAAAAACACGGCAAAGAUAUUUUGUGAUCGCGAGCGUCAUGACUCGGCCAACUGAAGAUUGAUAUUUUUUUUUCUUCUUCGAAUAACGCAUGCGUGUCGGCCAUUUCAAGAGAUAUAAAUAUUGCGCCUUAAAAACUAACGGACUUUUGUGUAAUAAUAAUGCGAUUACGGAAAUUAUAAGUAUUCGUCUUUGGUCCUGGAACAGGAUUUCUCAUCAUGCAUGCAUGCAUGGCAUAUAUCAAAAGUUCAAACAAAUCUUUCUGGUUCACAUGAUACCAGAAUGUCUACACCAUCGUUAACUUAUCAAUUAUUGACGGUUGCUGUCGUUGUACUUCAACGACAAAUGAUCCAUAAUAAUGUCGGUAGUCGUACACAAUGGAAUUCUAGUUAUGAUUACAUUGUUGUUGGUGCCGGUACAUCUGGAUCAUUGAUUGCCGGAAGACUUACCGAAAAUGCUUCAACAACAGUUUUAUUGAUUGAAGCUGGUGGUCCAGCUUCGGUUAUCACUGAUAUGCCCAUUGAAUCAUGGAAUAUUGAAACUGGUGAAUUUGAUUGGGGUUAUUAUACAGUACCACAAGCUAAUGCUGGUUUUGCCUUCCGUAACCGUCAGAUGGUAUAUCCUCGUGGCAAAGUAAUGGGUGGUUCACAUUCGACUAAUUUUGCAAUCUAUAAUCGUGGCCAUCGAUAUGAUUUCGAUCAUUGGGCUAAUUAUUAUGGUCUUUCAGAAUGGUCAUUUGAAAAUGUAUUACAAUAUUUUACACGUACCGAAAACAAUACAAAUAGCCGUUAUGUAGAGGCUGCACCUGGCCAUCAUUCUACUACCGGUCAAGUUGAAGUUUCAUCAGCACCAAAUCCGGAUCCAAUUUUAUUGAAAUAUAUGGAAGGUUGGAAUCAUCAAGGUUUACCUUAUACUGAUUUUAAUGGACCACAUCAAUUAGGCACAACUUUGAUUCAACAAACAAUUUCUACACAAAAUUAUACACGUCUAUCAACAUCGAAUGCUUUUAUUGUACCAGCAAUUGGCCGUAAUAAUCUACAUGUAUUAGUACGUAGUCAUUGUACAAGGAUUCUUUUGCGAAACAAUACUGAUACUAAUCAAUUGGAAGCUUAUGGUAUUGAAUUUGUUCGUAAUAAUCAAACAUAUCAAGUGCAAGCUAAUCAUGAAGUAAUUCUUGCUGCUGGUGCUAUCAAUACACCACAGAUUAUGAUGCUUUCUGGUAUUGGUCCACGACAACAUCUAAUGGAAUUAGGUAUACAGGUUCAAAUGGAAUUACCGGUAGGUGAACAACUACAAGAUCAUAUUCUUAUACCGGUCGAUUAUCUUGUCACCAAUGAAAGUCUUAUUCAAUAUGAUCGAGAUGUAAACAAUGUUAUGACUGUUCAAAAUCUGUACAAUUAUUACAUCAAUAAUUCUGGUCCUAUUACUCAAUUGCCAGUAGUGUUGACAUAUCAUUCAACUCGAGUAAAUGAUGUACCUGAUUGGCCUGAUGGUAUAAUGGCUACUUUGAUUGAUCAAAUUCCCGUAGACACUACAGCAUUAACUCAAUAUGCACAAGAUCCAGAUGCAUGGGCAGAAUAUCUUCAACCAUUGGCCGGUGAUUCUCGCCAUUUUUAUGUAUUCUAUGCAUUGUAUCGACCACGAAGUCGUGGAACUGUUCGUCUUCGAUCACGAAAUCCAUUUGAUGCACCAUUAAUUGAUCCUAAUUAUUAUGGUGAUGUACAUGAUUUAGCCGUUGCUGUCGAUACGAUGAGUGCUGGUAUGGAAAUGAUGGAACAACCAUUUUUCCGUCAAUAUGCUCGAAUAUAUCCACGUCCAAUACCUGGAUGUCAAUUUUGUCCAGAUAGACCAUAUUAUAAAUGCUAUACUUAUCUAGCUUGUUAUGCUCAAACACUUACACUAACUUCCUAUCAUCCUACUUGCACAUGUCGUAUGGGUAAUUCAAGUGAUACCGGUGCUUGUGUUGAUGAACAUUUACGGGUACUUGGGGUGAACAAUCUUCGGGUGAUCGAUGCAUCAAUUAUGCCAAAAAUCAAUAAUGCCAAUACAAAUGCUGCAACUAUGAUGAUUGCUGAACGUGGUGUCGAUUUCAUCAGACAGGAUACAAUGUCGAGGUCAUUAUAAAAAAACAUCAAAAUAUAUAGCAAAAUCUGGGGAGAAAAAAAAUAUUUAUUCAAUUUAA